UUUCGGAUAAUUGUGUUGACUGUGCGGGCUGCAUAAAAUGUAAAGGGAUAUACUUUUAACUGCGGCAUUCCAUAUCUUUUUUUUUCUUUAAAAAAUAGUAAGACAUGGGGCCAAGUUUUAAGAUUAUUACCCUUUGCAUGUUGUGCCUUGUUUUGCUGGUCUUAGUAAUUGUUUUGGCACUUGUGUGGUCUAUGCCGGACUUACCUCCAACUGUGUCAAAUAAUAAAAUUAGUUUACCUGCUGAAAAGGGACAUCUAGUUUGCGAUGAUACACCACAGAGACUUAAUGGUUACUUAAAUAGGAUAAUUUCCGUCAGUUAUGACCAAGUUAGAAAAAAAGAAGAAGAGCAGCAACAAAGAUUCUUGAAAGAAAACCAAGGUCAUCUUAUGGCAAUUUAUGAUAGGUACUUUUGGGAAAUGAAACCGUCUGCUAAGGUUACCGGAAAAGAACAGCCUGUAAAUACAAAAAAUACGAAAGGCGAAGAGAUGACGCCGAUCCGAGUAUGGCGACACGGAAAAGAACUUUUCGACACGAGCGGCUUCUUACGGUACGGAGUACGGUACAGAAAUGGCCGUUUGGUAGUUCCCGUAUCCGGGACUUAUUUCAUUUAUUCAUAUGUUGAUCUUUUCGAAGAAUUUAAUGACAUUCCUGGAAAACCGAACAUUAAAAACGCGACCAAACCUAUUGAACAUGCAUUGUACAAAUUCAAUAUCUUAGACGAAGCUGAAACCGAAAUUGUUACAAAUAUACAGCCCCACGUUGUAUCACGAAAUAGGUAUUACAAUUCAUACAGUAGCUUUGUAUCUUCUCUUGUCAGUCUCAAAGCUGGGGAUGAGAUUUCUGUGAAGAUUUCAGAUAUUUCAUACAUAAGAUACACGAGGAACAACUACUUUGGCUUAAACCUUAUUUAGAUGUUUCACUUCUUUGGUUUAAACCAAAUUGUGAUAUAUCUUUUCUUUGGCUUAAACCUUGUUUUUACCUCCCCGAUAUGGAGCGCGUCCUCGUCGCGGUGGAGGGGCAACAGCAAUAACAAAUUAUAAGAAAUCUCAUCUUAACAACCGAAAGUCUGACUUGAUUAAUUCAAACUUAACUGAAUUUACUGAAUUGCAAAAUCCUAAAGUCGAAGGUACCUUUCGUCAUAAGUCGUGCAACAAAAACGUUUAUAAAUGAAUCAUGACUUUCUAUAUUUGCACCUUUGUCUACAUUAGACUUUGACAGACUCUUGUUCUAGAUAUUGUAUUUGAUUUUUAUUGUACAACUGAUGAUGUUUGUGUAAAAUUCUAUGUAAUAUUUCUUACUGUGAUAUUUUAAUCAUAACUCUACAAACUUAACACUGUCAUUCUUAACUAUUAAGAAAAAAGAUAAAUGGAAUUUAAAGAUAAUAGCUAACUAUUCCAUAACAACACCGCACAAUCAACAUAUCUAUAUGAUAUUUAAUUCUUAUCAAUAUUUGCUGGCUGAGACUCCAUUUAUUACAUCUUAUUCUUUAAAGUCGAGUGCUUGUACGAGUUGGUCUAAAGUGUGUAUUGAUGUUUUGUGCAAUUUGAUUCUACAAAAAUUUAUACCAUUUUGUUGAUAGCCCAUUAUGAACAUAUCGUCAAAACAUACAUGAAAUGUAUUUGAAAUGAAAGAUAUGGGCUGAGUGUUGUUAAUUGUACAUUUAUGAAUUAUGUUUUACUGUUUCUUUAGAUUAAUAAAUAACUUUUUACUAUCAAAAAAUAUAAAAAAUAUAUAUAUAUUUAUUAUAAUAUAUACUUUGAAUUAAAAAAUCAUGUAUAAUGUA